AUGUCUAUUAAUCUCGAACAACUAACAACAUACCAAAUUCAGCCCGGCCAUUCCUUUGGAAACCAUUCCGCAGCGACUGGAGAUUCAACAGACCAAUCUACAACCAGCAAUUCAUCAGCGGACGAGUUUCACCUGAUAUCGCGACAACUACCCCGGACAACCACAAAGCUCAGCCGCGAGACAUUAGAAAGCAAUGAAGGUCUACGCGCACGGUUCUCCGGGCCAACCAACCGCCAAAGCGAACCAGGGGACAAAAGGCAGGUGAUUCUGGAGGCAGACUCGCGCGACCAAAAGUCUACGUGCACGUACGAAGGUGACUUUGAACAGGUGUCUCGGGGUGAGCUCAAUGGUGGUACUGAUGAUAAUGACGAGGAGGUGGAUUGCGUUUUGAUUUACGAUGCUAAGAAUAAGAUGUUUGUUAUUGAGCGCGUGGCGUCGAACAUUGUUGUGAGGUCUGAGGCAGAUGAGACUUCGGAAGAUGAGCUGGCGAAGGAGCUCGAGGGUAUGCUGGAUGACGCCAGCGAUAUAGGUGAUUCCACUGCGCCGACUAUUCCAACAAGACAUAGUCGUCGGGGAUCCCAGCAGCAGCAGCAGCAGUCGCAGAAAUGGGAAAGUCUCGAGGACGAGCUCAACAUGCAGCUAGAGGAAAACCUGGACGAAUCCCUGUUUGAAGACGUAGCCAGUGAUGAUGACGACUUUGAAGAAGUUGAUAAUCUGCAAUUCGUCGGGAACAGCAGCAACAAGGGCGGCGACGAUGGCGGCAGCAGAGACAUGGAUGUCGAGUCACUGCCGGAUGAUGUCCACAGCGACGAUGCUUUUGAUGAUUUGGAGUUUGAGGAGGUCGGGUCAAUGGAGAACAUGGGGUCGGCUGCGAAUGGGGAGCAGCAGCAGCUGGUCAAAUGGAGCAGAGGAUAUUAUGAUGUUCGAUGACUCCAUUGCUUCGACGCCGCUGAUGGGUGAUUCAACAGACCACCGGUAUAGGUAUUCGGACAGCCGCGUGUCUGCAGGUACCGCCGACGAGUUUGAUGAGUUGGAGUUCGACUUGGUGCAGAGCCUCGAGGAUAUGUGAUCCGACAUGUAGCAAAAACAAGGUUUAUUU